AUGUAAUUAAACUUUGAUAAAUCCUAGAUGCAUAAAAGUCCAGAAUAAUUAAGAAGGGAAAAAUUAGACAUCAAAAUAAGGACAAUCAAGGAUGAUUUAGCUCCAGGAGUUGUUAAGUAUAUGAUGAAGACCAAGAAUGAUGAGAAAUUAUAGGCUCCUCUUCACAAAGUUGAAUAUCAUCAACCACAAACUAAACCAUAACCAACCUACUUAAAUACUUUCGAGAAGAUAGAUUUAGAGCCUCCAGUAUAAUUGGAUGAAAUAAGAGAAGAAAAAUGGAGCAUUUUAUCAAAAAAUUGUAGGAACAUCUUAGAAAAAUCCAGAAUUAGUUUGGGAAAACCAAAUAAUUCUCAUAUUCUAAGACAAUCCUCAAGUGAACUCUUUCCAAAUCCUCAAAAACUAAAAAAAAAUAAUACUAAGUUUUUGACUCGAAGAUAGUCAAUAGACCUAAGAAUUGAAGAUAUUAAAUCUCAAUAAUAAUCCCCUAUAGGAACUACACCAAAAACAAUUGGAAUUAAAAUGGAUCCUUUCUAUAUGAGAUUCAAAAAGUAUUAUAAAAAAAUUGGUAUCCCUUAGGAUGAAUAACUCAAUCAUCAAAGGAGCAAUCUUCAGAAAAAUUCGUAUUCUUAAGAUAAGACUAGUAAAAUCAACUCUCCACAAAGAUAGAAUUAGAGUUUUAUUUUAUUUCCAUUAGUUUAAUGUUCUCCACAGGCUUAGCAAAAAUCUGGGAUUUAGAAGAAAAAGAGUUAAUAAUAGUAUCUGUAGGAUAUCUUGGCUUUGUGUAAUAAGGCUUAGAAUUUUCAGGCUGAGAUGAAAAAAGAUGAAACUGAAAAUUAUGGUGAAUUAAAUCAAAAAGUAGAGUUCAUUAGAUCAGAAUUCAAUAAAUAUCAUAGUAUGAUCAAUCAUGAUUAGGAUUCAACAGAUAAUGUUGAUAAUAAAUGA